AUUGAACUGCUUUGGCUUCAUCCAGACGAGUGUCAAGCGUCAGUGGAGUGGAGAGCGAGAGCGCGCAAUACUAUAAUCAUGACAUCCACAACAGCAGAAGCCGAAACCCGCCAGAGACUGCUGCGAAACGUGAAGAAGGAGGUCAAGCAGAUCAUGGAGGAAGCAGUCACAAGGAAGUUUGUUCAUGAAGACAGCAGCCAUAUUGUCUCAUUCUGUGCUGCUGUUGAAGCCUGUGUACUUCAUGGGUUGAAGCGUAGAGCUGCUGGUUUCCUACGAAGCAACAAGAUAGCUGCACUCUUCACCAAAGUGGGCAAAAGCUUCCCUCCAGCUGAGGAGCUGUGCAGAAAAGCCCAGGAGCUGGAGCUGGUCUUUGAAAGCAAGCGAAGUCAGUCUAUCUCAUACAGUGAGAGCAAUCGUAAGAUGACCAAAGUCCCAAACUUCUCGCCUCAGGCUGUCAGACACUUGUGGAUCCACACUGCACUCAUUGAGAAAGUGCUGGACAAGAUCGUACUGUACCUGGUGGAAAACAGCAGUAAGUUUUACGAGAAGGAGGCUAUUCUAAUGGAUCCUGUGGACGGCCCUAUCCUCGCCUCUUUGUUGGUGGGCCCCUGUGCAUUAGAGUACACUAAAAUGAAGACGGCAGAUCAUUUUUGGACCGAUCCUUCAGCUGACGAGUUGGUGCAAAGGCAUCGUAUUCACAGUGGCCACUGUCGACAAGACUCACCCACAAAGAGACCUGCCCUCUGCAUUCAGAAAAGACACUCCAGUAGUAGUAUGGAUGAAAGGCCAUCGCCCUCCCCCUUCGCCAGAGACUACGUGGAGUCUCUUCAUCAGAAUUCCAGAGCCACCCUCCUGUUCGGCAAGAACAACGUACUGGUGCAGCCGAGGGAUGAUAUGGAAGCAAUCCCAGGGUACCUCUCUUUACACCAGACGGCUGACAGCAUGACUCUGAAAUGGACACCAAAUCAGCUUAUGAACGGGUCCAUGGGAGAUCUCGACUAUGAGACGAGUGUUUAUUGGGACUAUGCCAUGACAAUCCGUCUGGAGGAGAUUGUGUACUUGCACUGUCAUCAGCAGGUGGACUGUGGGGGAACAGUGGUUCUGGUUAGUCAGGAUGGGAUUCAAAGGCCCCCACUUCGUUUUCCCCGUGGUGGUCACCUCCUACAGUUCCUCUCCUGUCUGGAAAAUGGUCUGCUGCCUCACGGCCAGCUAGACCCCCCACUUUGGUCCCAGAGAGGAAAGGGUAAAGUAUUUCCUAAGCUAAAGAAGAGAUGUCCACAGGGAUCCUCAGACUCUGUCUCAGACAAAGAAGAGGAAGAAGCAACAGAUUAUGUCUUCCGCAUUGUUUUCCCAAACAGGCAGUCAGAAUUUGUUACUUUUACCCAGUCCUCCCAUCUCUCCCUGGGUACUGUACUCCUGGCCCGAUCUCUCUCCCUGAACUCCAGGGGGCUGUGGCCUCCUAAACGCCAGACCCUGGUGAUGCCAACGCACCACUGCAGCUGCCGAGACUCCCUAUCCUCCCCUGAGCCCAGCUCGGCUCCAGAAUUGAUCGAUCAGGGAGUAAACAUGUGGCACCCAACACCAAGGAAAUCAUCUUGCUCUUCCUGCUCACAGAGUAGUUUCUCUGAGGGAGCACUGCCUAAUGGAUGCAACCAUGAAAGGGCCCCUCUGAAGUUGCUGUGUGACAAUAUGAAGAACCAGAUCAUCUCCCGAGCUUUCUAUGGAUGGCUGGCAUACUGUCGUCACCUGUCCACGGUACGCACUCACCUGUCUGGCCUUGUCAAUCACACUAUUGUGGAACCAGAUGUGCCCACUGAUGCCUAUGCUGGGCUCACAACAGAAGUGUGGCAGAAGUUUCUUGAAGACUGCAGUACCUAUGAGGAAAAGGAGUUACUGAGGCUAGUUUAUUUCGGUGGAGUUGACCCUUCUUUGCGAAAGGAAGUCUGGCCUUUCCUGCUGGGUCAUUACCAAUUUGGGAUGUCUGAGGCUGAGAGAAAAGAGGUGGAUGAUCAGAUGCGAGCUUGCUACGAGCAGACAAUGAGUGAAUGGCUAGGGUGUGAGGCCAUUGUUAGGCAGAGAGAAAAAGAACAGCACGCUGUGGCGUUAGCCAAGUGUUCGUCUGGGGCGAGUACAGACAGCACCACACAAAGAAUAAUGCACCGUGACUCUACCAUCAGUAAUGAGUCCUCGCAGAGCUGUAGUUCAGGCAGGCAAAGAGAUUCCAGGCUGCAGAGCGACUCCAGCAGCAGUACUCAAGUGUUUGAGUCUGUUGAAGAAGUCGACCAGAUUGAGUCUGAACCCAAGAGUGAAGACAUGAAACAGGUUUCCAAAAUCUCAAAUGGAACACCCCAAAAUGGCACCAGUUCCCCAGACUCUGGUCACCCCUCUUCCAGAAACUUCUCUGUUACUUCCGGUCAGUCGGACUCCUUGAGCACAGAAGACAGUGGGAUACAUGACCCAAGCCUUAAAGUGCAGCUACAGCUAGCAGUAUCAAAGGAAAGGUUUGAAAGUUCAUCUGGAGAGGAAGGAAAGCUGACUGAGGAAGUUGGGACAAAAUCAGAGGGAAGCAAGAAAGCCACAGAGAGCUCCGAUAAAAGGGCAGAGGUCGAGACAGGGGAGUUGAAAACAGCUCGAGAUGCUUUUGAGGCUCCUUCAGCAGCUCACAGCCAAAUGACCGAAAUAGAAGCGGGCGAAUCUCCAGAGAGAACUUUGACAUCAAAAAUUGAAGCAUUGGCAGAACAAACUGAGUCAAAUAUUCCCAAAGCAACAGAGGUCAUGGACUCGACUCCUCCAGAGCCGAAGAUGAAUGAGAAUCGGGUAAAUGUGGACAUUGAAAGGUCCCACAUGGGAAUUAAAGAUAUUAGAGCAAUCCAAGAGAAACCUUUGGUAACAAAAGAUCAUAAAUUAUCAGAUGCACUUGUGCAGAAGAAGGUUGUAGCUGACACACCGGUGUCUAUUUCAAAGGAUGAUGAUACAGAGAAAGAAACGGCAAAAACCAAUGAAACAAGCCAAGAUAAAGACUCCAAGACAUACUUAGAUGAUGCCAACAUUAUUAGUGGCACACAAAUAGCUUUAAGACCAGGUGAUGAGAAAGAGAAGACGACUAUGAAGACCAGUGAUUUACCCAAUGAAGCUGGAACGGCAGCAUCGGUACUCCCAAAAACCACUGGUAAAGAGAAAAUAGAAGAGAAAGUUGUUAUUAUGAGGACCACACACAAAGAUAUGCAGAGAAAUGCUCCAGUAGUUGAGGAGAUGGUGGUUCCUUUGGUGCAUGAAGCUUUUAGCACAAGAGAGAUGGGUGAACAAGAUGCAACUGAGUCCGACGAGUCUCCCUCUGCCAUUGAAAUGGAAGAAAUUCCUAUAGCUAAAGUGUCCAUGGCCUGGGAAAGGAAGAGUUCACCUAGAAGCAAGGGUAAUGAGCAGGCAACUGUACCUAUAUUGGAACUCAGGCUGGAGGAAGCUCAUGGAAAGCCCAGCUCUGAUGGAAUGAAUUCUGAGGAGCCGGAGAUGGAGAGUCUUUGCCCACAGCUUGAUUCACUGGCUGUGAACACUACGAUUGAAGCUAUCUCUCCAGUUUCCUCUAUAGGCACCACUUAUUCUCAAGAGCUUUUGGACAUGUACACUCUAAAUCUGCACCGCAUAGAUAAAGACGUGCAGCGCUGUGACCGAAAUUACUGGUACUUUACACCUGCUAACUUGGAGAAACUGCGCAAUAUCAUGUGCAGUUAUAUCUGGCAGCACCUGGAAAUUGGAUAUGUCCAGGGCAUGUGUGACCUGCUCGCUCCCUUGUUAGUUAUUCUAGAUGAUGAGGCCAUGGCUUUCAGCUGUUUCACUGAACUAAUGAAAAGGAUGAAUCAAAAUUUUCCUCAUGGAGGUGCGAUGGAUACCCACUUUGCCAACAUGAGAUCUCUGAUCCAGAUCCUAGACGCAGAGUUGUUUGAGCUCAUGCAUCAGAAUGGAGACUACACCCACUUCUACUUCUGCUAUCGCUGGUUUCUUCUUGACUUUAAAAGAGAGUUGGUGUAUGAUGAUGUGUUCGCUGUUUGGGAGGUCAUCUGGGCUGCUAGGUGUGUUUCCUCCAGCCAUUUCGUGCUCUUCAUUGCUCUUGCAUUGGUGGAGAUUUACAGAGACAUCAUUCUAGAAAACAAUAUGGACUUCACAGACAUCAUCAAGUUUUUCAAUGAAAUGGCUGAGCAUCACAAUAUCAAGCAUAUUCUGACCCUGGCUCGAGACCUGGUGUGCAAAGUGCAAACACUUAUAGAGAACAAGUGACUCUGAAGCCGCUCACCUCUGUUGUUUAUCGUGUUGACAGUGCAACCCAUCAGCCCUUGCUACAAAACAACAAGAAACAUUUGGCCAAAGCUUAAUGAGCUUCAAGUAUAUAGUAACAUUUGCAGUGCCAAAAAUCUGGAAUUGGAAUUAGUCAGUGCACAAUUUUUAGCAGAGUCAUCUGGCUCUUUAAUCAGGUUUUACUGAACAUCAUAAUACAUAAAAUGUUCUAAGCCGAUGCUGCUAAUGAGUGGUCAUUCACUGUUAGACAUGGAUUUUUAUCCUGUGUCUAAAAUGCAGUCAGGAUUACCAAUUACUAGUGACUCAUAGGCUCUAUUCCAAAACCUAGUGCGCUCUCUUGCUGUCUGCUGCCUACUGCUUACAUAAACUGAAAUUGAACAUCAUACAUGACUGAUUUGUUUCUAAUUGGAUUCCAGUAGGAUUUGGUUAUAUGAUACUCAUCCAGUACACACACACACACACACAUACUGGGUAGAAUAGUCCGAUUUAAACAUUUAUUGAUACUUUUUUUGGUGAAAACAAGUAUUUAUAAACAUUUUCUUCAUUCAUAUGAUGCUGCCUUAGAAUUUGACCAAAAGAACAUAUCAUAGAAAACAGCAUAAUGUUGCAGAAGUGUGCCUAUGAUGCCUUAAAAUGCUGCCUAUGUAAGCAGCUCACUAGGUUUUGAAACAAGAGCAAUAAAAGUUCAGGAGUUCAGGUCAGGUGCAUUUUACUGCUAAGAGGUGGUCAACACUAGAUUUCAUGUUCCGUUCACUUUCACAUAUAAGGAGUGUGCAUAUUCUGUACAGACCACUGUUUGUGAUCAGUCUGAUUUUUUAAUUACUCCUGUCUGCAUUGUCACACGAUCUUUCAGAAAUCAAGAAACAUUUCUUAAUUAUGAAUAAUGUUGAAAACAGUCGUGCUGUUUAACAUUUUGUGGAAAAUAUUAUUUGAUUAACAGAACAUUGUUUAUGUUAAAUAUAACUAUUUUGUAACAUUAUAAAUGUUUUUACUGUCAAAUUUGAUACAUUUAAUUCUUUCUUUGUUUAAGUAUUAAUUUUCCUUUAAAAAAGGAACUUUUCUACAGUAGUAUAUUUAUAGAGUUUCAUCUUGCACUACAUACAAACUUAAAUUAAAAAUAUGUUUGAUUUGUAAUGCCAUUGGAAACUGUAGUAGAUUUAUAGAUGUUUAUAUAUUUCCUUUUAUUUAUCAUUUAUUAAAAACAGAACCCUGAGAGCAUGAUAUUUGUUACAGUGUUACAUCUAAAAUAAAUAGGGAUCAUUAUACAUCGCCUAAAAUCUAGUAUGACCGCCGUCUUAAGGCUGUGGUAUGACCUGCACACUUUAUUAGUAUUCUGAUGUGCCACAUUCAAUAUUAUGUAGAAUGUCCUGUGUACAGCUGUAACAGUAGAGGGCGCUGUGCUUUCAGUCGACUGACCUUUUGCAUGCGUUUUUGUACCCUGCUUAAUUCCAUGUCAGUGUCUUUACUGUGAGCUGUUUCACUAAAUCAGACCAGGCUAUUGUAUCACACAGUAUAUUAUAGGACAAUACCAAGGAAUGCAUCUAGGUAUUAGAUUAAGAAAAGAGAAAAAACAUCCGGUAAUUGUGUAUUUCUUCUCUUUGUGUUACAGAACUGAAUAAUGAUUUGGGUUUUCCUUCGGUUUAUGUAAUGAGUCAGUGCUGUGUUUCAAUGCAUUGGUGUCAUGUUUGCUAUCACCUUAUUAAUAUCUGCCAUUAUUUGAUUCUUGUGUCGGAGUGUGUGUGCAUGUGGACCAAGACAACUCAUAAUCACUAGUGCAAGGCCUUGUCUGCUUGAUGUAUUCUUGCUGUUUGUGGACUGUAUAGAAAAACACAUGCUAUAUUUAUUAUAUAGAGAGAAUCUAUAUUAUUAACUUUGAUGUUGUUGCCUACAUGGUUCUCAGAAUGGACACUAAUAUUGACACAAAGAAAUGAAAAUCAUCAGUGCUCUUAUUUAUUUUUCAUUAUAAAAUUGUUGUAUAAAAUGUACAUUGUGUUUCUUCAUCCUCUAGUCACUCUCCUCUGCUUUAGCUCUUAUAUUAUAGUACCUGAUCAUGAUGUAUUGAUCCUAUGAUCAAACCAGCUACAGGUCAGAAACCUUGGGUUGAUCAGGUGUAUCCACAAUGAGAUGCAAUCGCAAAAUGUUUUGAAUCCCAAGUAUCAUUCUUUAUGUAUCUGAUCUGUGGCACAGGGAUAAAAAUGACCAUUUAGGCAAGAAUAGUAAAGCAAAAUCAUUAUCAUGUAUUCAUGUA